AUGUUCUGCUCGAGCUGUGGAUGUGCGUUGGAAGAAGGGGACAAUUUUUGCUCCAAGUGUGGUGCAGGUAAGUGUAUACAAGCCUUUCAUACCGUAAUUUACAGACUUAAGCAGCUACACCCACAGGUAACCCAGGCUCUGUGAUAGUACCACAGUACGGUUCCAGUAAAAUUACAGUGUUUGUAUGGGGUAAAAAUAUCAUCCUAAAAUUUCUAGGAAAUACUAAAUAAAGAUCAAUGAAACUUGCUCUGCAGUUAAUUGUUGUUGUCCUUAUUGCUCCAACGAAGUUUCGUGAUAAUUUGCAGUAAUUUGUUCAAAUUCACUCUAUCUACAAUAAUAAUAUACAAGGUAGGAAACACGAGGUGCCAUUUUCGCCGACAUGCUCUCAUUCAACACAACUUUUUCCACGAAAUUCGAACUCCAACGGAAAAUAAACAUGCCAGGAUCGUAGAAAUAGGAUAGCAGCAGAUAUAGAAACCAAUGAAGCUUUCCCAGAUAGAGAAACGAAUCCCACAGACUUUGGCAAACUCGAAGAAUAUAAUCCAAACACACCGAGAAUACGCUCGCCGAAGCAGCCGGGCCAGAUCAACGCGCGGCCAAGAAAAUGAGGCCUGGGCACUGUACAAAAAAAUUCCAUCCCGGUGGUCCUGGGGUGACCUUUCUAGGGACCGAUACAUCAUUUGCCCAAAGCCACCCUCCCCUACUGGAAACAUACUUGAUAGAAGGCAACUGUUCUUCCUAGCAAAUCACUAUGGCCUGUUAUAAAGAGAUUAUGUCCCUCUCGAACUAUAUUCAGCGCCUGGCGCUGGUCCUCAGAAAGUUUAUCAAACAUCAAUAGGGAAAGGUUAUAAGGGCAAAGGAAAGAACAACGAAGGAGGAUUUACAAAACUCAAAACGAGCAAAACAUAUAAGUGAAUUUUGGCUCUUACCGAGGCAUUUGUACAACAGGACCAAAUUCAAAGAGAGGUGUAUCACGAUGAUUCACAUAUUUAACCGAUAGAGCGUUCACUUGUAUUGACAAGAAGGCGGCGUGUUACUGCCGCAUUAAUCGCUAAAUAUGUUAAUCGCGCUAGUUCUUUGUUUACUAGUGCACGUGCCUUUCACAUUCGUCUCAGUUAUAACAAUUCAUAUUCUGUCGCAAUUUUCUGUAUAAUUUUUGACAUUAGUUUGCAAGCUUCACCGUUUAUUUACGAUAGUUUCGCUCGAGAGUUCACAGCAACAGUAUCUCAGUCAUCAUCUACCUUUUGUUCAACCUUGUUUUUAGCCUGCCUUGUAAGCAUUUCGCUUUGUUAUUUCAUUAGUUUCAUUACUGUUAUUUGCAUUCCUUAGUAAAAGAAAUGGGACGCCUUGUAACUCCGCAGACUCUCCUGAUUAUAUUACUUUUUUUUUAGCCAUUUAAAUUCAGGCGCGUGUGCGGGGUUUGCUCUGGCAAAUGGUGAUUGGCUAGGAAGAACAAUUGCAUUCUAUCAAGUAUUUUUCCAGCAGGGGAGGGUGGCUUUGGGCAAAUGAUGUAUCGGUCCCUAGAAAGGUCACCCCAGGACUCCUGGGAUGGAAUUUUUUUGUACAGUGCCCAGGCCUCAUUUUCUUGGCCGCGUGUUGAUCUGGCCCGGCUGCUUCGGCGAGCGUAUUCUCGGUGUGUUUGGAUUAUAUUCUUCGAGUUUGUCCAAGUCUGUGGGAUUCGUUUCUCUAUCUGGGAAAGCUUCAUUGGUUUCUAUAUCUGCUGCUAUCCUAUUUCUACGAUCCUGGCAUGUUUAUUUUCCGUUGGAGUUCGAAUUUCGUGGAAAAAGUUGUGUUGAAUGAGAGCAUGUCGGCGAAAAUGGCACCUCGUGUUUCCUACCUUGUAUAUUAUUAUUGUAGAUAGAGUGAAUUUAAACAAAUUACUGCAAAUUAUCACGAAACUUCGUUGGAGCAAUAAGGACAACAACAAUUAACUGCAGAGUAAGUUUUAUUGAUCUUUAUUAAGUAUUUCCUAGAAAUUUUAGGAUGAUAUUUUUACCCCAUAUAAACACUGUAAUUUUACUGGAACCGUACUGUGGUACUAUCACAGAGCCUGGGUUACCUGUGCUACACCUAUACAGCGGUGAUUCCCUCGUCUGUUGCAGGGCUCGACGUUGCGACCCGUGGGGUCGCCAAUGCGCCCAGCUUUUACUCAGUGGCGACCAAAUUUUCACCCCUGGUCGCCAACCUGGCCCCCAAGAUAGGUGACCAUCUUCUUUGGGAAAACGUACACUAACGAUAAUCCGUUAUCCUUCACACAACUAAAUCCAUUAAUUCUUAAAUAUAAUUUUUGGCAACCAGAAUACUUGUUCUGGCGACAAAAAAUGAAAACUUGGGGGCCAGCUGGCCCCAAGAUUUUUUUCUGAAAGUCGAGCACUGUGUUGACUCACUUUGGAUAGGGGAUAGUCGUGGAAUGAAAAUAUAAAUGAAAUGUAUCCUUAUGUUUAAAAGCGCAACCAUGCAGAUGCGAUUUUUAUAAUAGAGGAUUGCACAAGUCACAAUUUUGAUACACAUUAGUGGUCAUUUCAAUGGGGGCAUAGACUGUUCACAGUCCUCUAUUUUCCUGUAAGAUCGUCGCGAUUGCGAUUGUUUAUACGAGUAGCCGCCAUCUUGUUUUUUAGGCGAACGCGUCCUCUAAACACUUAGGGGACGGGCGUCAGGAAGGGUGGGGGUGGGGGUGGGGGUGGGAGACGGCCGCUCGUAACAUUCGCGACAAUCUUACGGGAAAAUAGAGGACUGUGAACAGUGUAAUGCAAAAACCAAUAAAUCACAAGCUUUUAAGAGCUUUGUCCUAUCCUAUCAAUGGGCUAUUGCAUUAUCUUUGUUUGUAACUAUGUGUUUAUUGCAUAAAAUUAUUCUAGGUCGGUGCAGCACUGCCACAACUCCAGGAAAUUCAGGUACAAUUGCACUGAACAUUUUUAUAGUAAUUAUUGCUAUUGUAAUUGAUUGAUUUGCUGAUUUGAAUUCCUGUUAGAUGCAGUAGACUUAGAUGUAUAUGAUUGAUCAAAUUAUAAAAUAAUAUAUUGUACAGUUCCAGAAAAAUCCAUAACCACCCCAUUGAAGGUCUCGGAUAUUCCUAGGGGGAGGGGGGUUUUAAGCCCCAAAAUUUUAGAAGAAAAGUAUGAUGCUAAAGUGGAAUUUCCUGGGGGGUGCAAAACAAAAACCUUCCGUGGGGGGGAGUAUGGUUAUUUUCUGGAAAUGCACAUUCUAUUGUAAUGAAGGAAUACUGGAACUUUUAUAGUGAUCUUUUAGACUUAAUAUGUUCUUAAUAAUUAUUUUUCCAUUAGCUCAUUCUUCCCAAGAGCAAUCUAAUGAACUGCGUGCAACGGGUAAGUUAUUUAUAUUGUGUAUAAUUAGCCAUAAUUUUUUCAUAAUACCGAUUGUAAUAACCAGCCAUGGGUAAUGUUAAAAACACACUACCAGUACCGGUAAUUUGUUUACACUGAAAUACAAUUAACACAACUCAUGAUCCCUUGUUAUGCACAAAUUAUUAUCAGUCACACAAUCAGUCACACCAUAUAUACAAUGCUCUAAAUGACCAAUGACCAAUGAGCAAUGGUGAGUGGUAAACCUAACAAAAUGCUGAAUUAUGGUGAUGCUUCUUGUCACUUCAUGCUACACAACAGUUGCCAAGUGCUACUGUAUGAAUCAUCAGAUGCUGUAACCAGGAUAAAAUUGUCACAAGUCUGAAUUUUAGAGGACCAGAGAUUUUAUGUUAUAACUUUGUGAAUAUUAUUACUCUCUUUGUCACUAUAUCACAUUUGCUACCUCCAAUUAAUCUUUUAGGGAGUAAUGAGUAUUGUCAUCUUUACUCUUAGGCCAUUCAUCCACAUCAUGCGCUUCAACUUCUCACGCUUCAACUUGUCACGUGAAAUCUUUCAAUAUGUUCAAAAAACUGAAAGGCCAACAGUGGAAAUCCAUUGUAAGCAAAAAGGCUGGAAGUGCAAGUGACAAAGAGAUAGAAGUGCAGAUCAACAUUGGGCUCAUGGUAUGGAGUGACAAGAACGUGUGUAUCAAACCAAAGAGAGGCAAGCGUCUUGCUUUGAGAGUGUCCAACAAAGCCACCUACAAAGUCAUCCUGCAGAAAGCUGUGGAAAAGUGGAGAGCCUUUAACAGCGACCUCUAUGAUGAGAACGAAGACUACAUUCUUCUACUUGAAAAUGGUGAAGAAGCCCAGUUUCUUCCAGGUUCAUCUGCCAGUAAAGAGUUUUUUUCCCUCAAACGAUACAAAGAAGAAACUGGAAAGGACUACAACAAAAUUGUGUUGUACCUAUGCAAGCUUAGUGACUUUCACUUUGACCUAAAUAGUGAAUCAGAUAGAGAUACUGAUGAGCUGGUUGAGGAGCCAGAGAAGAAGCGACUGAAAAGCUUGACAACUGAUGAAGAGCCUGAUGCAUCUGCUGUGUUUGCUAGUGAUGAGAAAAUUGCAAUUGAGUUACAAAGGGAGUUUGACAAUGAGUUAUCCAUUGACAUGAUUGACGCUGUCGAGAACAUGGAGGAUGGGAAAGAUGACAACAUGUCAAUGGGUACUAUCCAUCAAGAUAUUUCAAGUGUAAUUAAGUCCCUGUCUCAAAAGGUUGACCAAGAUGGUCAGUUUUUUAUUGUUUCUAGAAGAGGGUCCCCAUUUCCUAGAGUUUUGUCCUUGUGGCAAAGAGAAGCCAACAGAUCGUCUCCUGAAAAAGUGCUAAGAGUGCGCUAUAGUGGAGAGAAUGGUGUAGACAGCGGUGCAUUAUCGCAAGAAUUUCUGGCACAGUUGAUUAAUGAUAUGGGGCUGGCAGUGUUUCCAGAUGGAGCCCCCAUAAAUUCACUGUACAAUGUUCAUAACAAAAGUUUCAAAACCUGUGGGGAAAUCAUUGCAGUGUCUUUGGCUCAAGGAGGACCAGCGCCAUCUUUCUUGGGUGAGAGUGUGUACCAGUUGAUGUUGGACCCUGAUGUGAACAUUGGCAACCUAGAUGUUGACAGGCAUUUCACUGCAAAGGACAAAGAGCUAUUUGACGCAGUAAGAGCUUGUGACACAUUUGAAGGUGCUUUGUGUGAUGUAAUUGUUGACCAUGGAUACACUGGCAUCAUUGAUCAUGACCACAAAGAGGAUGUCAUUGGAACAAUGCAACUAAGCAUUAUGACCAAGCGUUUGCUGUACAUGAAAGAAUUUUGUGAAGGUCUGAAGCUGUAUGGUGCAUAUGAUGUCAUUAGGGGCAAUGCUUCUUUAUGCAAGCCUCUUUUUGUGAAAGGUUCAAAUCAGGUGGUAGAUGCCAAUUAUGUCUUUUCGCUUAAUCCAAGCUACUCGGCACAGGGCUCGUCAAAACGACCACUUGAAGAGGCAGUCAUUGACAACCUACAAGAUUUUCUGAUGUCAUUGGAAGAUGAACAAAUAACUGGCUAUUCCGAGCCAGUAGCAUGGAAGGACUUCAAUGACACGAACACUGAAAGUAGCGAAGUGGAGCGAUUUCAGUCCAUGGACACCACACCAUCUGGUGUAUUGGGGUGGCUGACAGGCCAAAAGCACCGCCCCUUAAAUGGAGAGCCGCUGAAUGUCACUGCCCUCUUCGACCAUGAUUGCUUCACAAGAAAUCCUAAUCACACAAUCUGCUUUCCCCGUGUGGCAGCCUGCAGCAAAAAUCACAUUUCCAGUCUCCCACAUGAAAACCCCAGAACAGUUUAA